GCACAGUUUAAGUUCAUUUUUGGACAUGUUUUUCCCCCUCUUCCGACUGCUGUGAGCGAGAUGAUCGCCACUUGGGUGGAGUUACAUACAUGUGACACAUCUGACAAGUGGGCAACAAACUAACAGGUGUCCUCUUCCUCCUCCUCCUCCCCCUCGCCUAUGACCGGCGGACUUAACUUGUGCUGUCGGAGCCGCACUCCACACAUUCACGUCCUGUCCCUCUACUCAGACGUUCUUACCUCCCAAGUGCCCUUUUCCCCCCACCCCAUUUUAUUUUGAACUCGUCUAAUUCAAUUAACUUCAUAAAACAUGCAUUCGGCCCAAAAAGACACUACCUUUACCAAGAUCUUCGUGGGAGGUCUCCCCUACCACACCACCGACUCGAGUCUCAGGAAGUACUUCGAGGUGUUCGGGGACAUCGAGGAGGCUGUGGUCAUCACAGACCGUCAGACGGGGAAGUCCAGAGGUUAUGGAUUUGUGACCAUGGCAGACCGGGCCUCCGCUGACCGGGCUUGCAAGGACCCCAACCCCAUUAUAGAUGGCAGGAAGGCAAAUGUGAACCUGGCCUACCUAGGAGCCAAGCCUAGGGUCAUACAGCCAGGCUUUGCAUUUGGCAUGCCUCAGAUCCACCCAGCAUUCAUCCAAAGGCCUUAUGGGAUCCCGGCUCACUAUGUCUACCCUCAGGCCUUUGUCCAGCCCAGUAUGGUGAUCCCUCAUGUGCAACCCUCAAGUGCCACGGCAACAGCUGCCGCGGCUGCCGCCGCCGCCACCUCUCCAUACCUUGACUACACUGGAGCCGCUUAUGCUCAGUACUCUGCCGCAGCUGCCGCAGCAGCUGCCGCCGCCUAUGAGCAAUAUCCAUACGCGGCCUCCCCGGCCCCGACCGGCUACAUGACCACAGCUGGCUACGGCUACACUGUCCAGCAGCCGCUCGCCACCUCAGCCACCCCGGGGGCCGCCGCAGCGGCCGCCGCCUUCAGCCAGUACCAGCCUCAGCAGCUGCAGACGGAUCGCAUGCAGUGAAAAGAAAAUGCCGUCAUUGAGAGGUCAUCACCCCGUGCGACAGGGAUUGAGUUACGCUACAAUGAGGGUUGUCCGCACAAGCUUUUAACUUGAAAAGUGAAGAGAAGCACAGGACGUGCAAACAAAUGCUGUAUUUUAUUCGAAUUCGAUCAGUAUUUUUUUUUUCAUUAUUUAAUAUUUAUAAAUCAGCAAAAAGAUUGAAUGUUAACGCAAGCAACAAAAGCAGACUAACUGAACCUCAUUACUACCGGUAAUUUUUGUGUAUAUAUUCUGGAAGUGUUCCCAAGUGCAUUCAUGUCUUAUGAUCAAGUGUCUUCGCCACUACUUUAUUUACCGAAAACGUGUAUGAAUAUGAGUGAGUCACUCAUGGUGCAUUUUUCAGGAUUUGUAUUAUCUGAAUCUAUGCAGACAGCUCCCUCUAGUUUCCCCUUAAUUAUGUACACUGUUCAGAAAAGUCACGGCGAUUGGGCUCGGGUAAAAUUUCAAGAUAAACCCGGAAUGCACAAAACCUUGACAGAGUCGAGCAAUACAUUUCCUGCCAUUGUGAUACAGAGAUGACUCAACAAUCAGAACCUCGCCAUUGUAAGGCAUUGAGCUGAGAGUCACUGUUAACAGGUUACAGAUGAGUAACAGACUGGAAGAGUCACAGAAAGGCAUUGAAGUGUUUGUCAUGGAUCAAGCACCCUUUGUGACGUUUGCCAUUCAGCUCCUUGUUAGAGAACAGAUUAUGCAAAAAGUACUGAAAAAUGAACUGAUGGUAUGUGCAUUCCAAAGAUUAGAGAGGAUUGAAUUGAGUUCACCUGUGAAGAGUAUUGCACAUUUUAGAUUCAUCCCAAAAUGUCACCCGAAAGCCCAUUAAUCCUAACUUUGUGAGUAGCAUACAUGCAUGCGGUUUAAAUAAAUAGCUGAGAUCGAAGCUGGAAAAACAUUCACCUUCCUCACUUAUCAAUUGCACAUCAAGCAAGCUCAGCAAAAAAGGUUUUUGAAUGUGAAUCAUUUUGUUUCCGAAUGUGCCUUUUAAAUUAUGCUAUUUAUGUAUUUAUUAUUAAAGCUUACAAUAAUAACCAACUUUUUUGUGUUAGGUCCGCUACGACGUUCAUCAAGAGCAUGGCAUGGAUGUUUAAGACAGUGCUACAAUUUGUAUAAAGAACAAAAUAUGGGUGGAACAGUAGCAAUAAUUUGUUUAGAUUUGUAAUGUUUAUCUUGUAGACUUAAAUGUUGCCUUUUUUAAUGUAUAUUCAGUAUUUGACCACUUUGAUAAGGAAGCUCAUAAACUUGAACCAUUUACUGUCAUCUGACACUGAAUAUGAAGUGCAAAGGUAUUUUGCCUUGCAUUUUACAAUGCAUCAUUCAAGAAAAGCGUCUUUGGAAGUUUGUAUGUAAAAUAAAGGGAAACCAUACCAACAAAAUGUUAA